AAAAACUCAAAACUCAAAAAGCGGAAGCUCGAGCAUGGAGGACAUUGAGGAUUUGUUCGUCGGUGCCGGAGCAGGCGGCGGAGCUCCUCCGGGCUUCCGUCUGCCGAUUACAUCCGUCGGACUCAAUCCAAAGAAGAACAAGAAGAAGCCCAAUCUCAACGGCAACAGCAACAGCAACGGCCUCUCUCAAAUCAAGCACCCUCUCGCUCCUCUCUCCCCUAAAGUCCCCGGAAGUGAGACUAUAUAUAUCAAGACAUUUGGAUGCUCCCACAACCAGAGUGACAGCGAAUAUAUGGCUGGUCAACUUUCAGCUUUUGGUUAUUCAUUAAGUGACAAUCCUGAGGAUGCAGACCUGUGGCUCAUAAAUACAUGCACAGUCAAAUCUCCAAGCCAAUCUGCCAUGGACACUCUGAUAGCAAAAGGCAAAGGUGCAAAAAAGCCCCUGGUGGUAGCUGGGUGUGUGCCUCAAGGAAGUCGAGAUAUAAAGGAGCUAGAUGGUGUCAGUAUAGUAGGAGUCCAGCAAAUUGACCGUGUGGUUGAAAUUGUUGAAGAGACCUUGAAAGGUCACGAGGUGCGGCUUUUAAGCCGUAAAACGUUGCCAGCACUGGACCUCCCUAAGGUGAGAAAAAACAAGUUCGUUGAGAUUCUUCCCAUUAAUGUUGGCUGUUUAGGUGCUUGCACAUACUGCAAAACGAAGCAUGCCCGUGGUCAUUUAGGGAGUUACACUGUUGAUGGACUUGUAGGACGUGUAAGAUCUGUGAUAGCUGAUGGAGUCAGGGAAAUAUGGUUGAGUAGUGAAGAUACUGGAGCAUAUGGUCGUGACAUUGGUGUCAAUCUACCUAUUUUGUUAAAUGCAAUUGUCAAGGAGCUUCCUCCUGAUGGAAGCACAAUGCUUCGAAUUGGAAUGACGAAUCCUCCUUUCAUUUUAGAGCACUUGAAAGAAAUUGCAGAGGUGUUGAGGCAUCCAUGUGUAUACUCAUUUCUCCAUGUACCAGUCCAAUCUGGAAGUGACGCUGUCUUGACUGCAAUGAAUCGAGAAUAUACUGUGAGUGAGUUCAAGACUGUUGUAGAUACCCUAACUGAGCUUGUGCCAGGGAUGCAGAUUGCAACUGAUAUAAUUUGUGGAUUUCCCGGUGAAACGGAUGAAAAUUUUGCUCAAACGCAUGACCUUAUUAAGGAGUACAAGUUUCCUCAACUUCAUAUUUCACAGUUCUAUCCUCGACCUGGAACACCUGCUGCAAGGAUGAAAAAGGUCCCCAGUACUGUAGUGAAGAAUAGGAGUCGUGAAUUGACUUCUGUUUUUGAAGCUUUCACCCCAUAUGUUGGAAUGGAGGGCAGGGUGGAAAGGAUUUGGAUAACAGAAGUUGCCACUGAUGGUACUCACUUGGUUGGUCAUACCAAGGGAUACGUACAAGUGCUUGUAGCUGGUCCAGAAAUUAUGCUGGGGACUUCAGCUAUUGCGAAGAUCACUUCAGUUGGAAGGUGGUCAGUAUUUGGAGAAGUUAUUGAGACUAUCCCUGAAAUGAAUGAUAGAGCAGCUGUAGGAAAGGAAAUGCAGAGUCGGGAGAGUAGUUUCCCCUGCUCAAACAAUUUUGAGACUUGUGCUUGUUCAACAGAGCCUGAAAAUUGUGCUUGUGGACCAGGAAGUUGUGGAGAACAGGCUACAUCGACAAAGUGUUAUGUAACAACUACUGGCGUUCCACUUGAAGAACAGAAGAACAGAAAUCUUAUUGGAUGGUUACUAAGGAAACGAAAGAACCAAGUUCAGAAAUUCGUGGAGAAUGAAAUUGACUUGGGAUCUAAGGAAAAGCGAGAGCAGGCCCAAGAAAGCAUCGGUAAAUGGGGUGCUGUGGACAAGGCUCUUCUUGGUGGGAUGCUUGCGAGCUUCCUGACUAUUGUAGCUGUACUAGUACAUCUAGGAUUUAGAAUUUUGUCAAAUUAAUUUUAGUUAUACUAAUCCAUUUUUGUAAUGGUCAUGUGGAAUUAUUUGUUCCCUUCAGACAGAAUAUUUGUGGUAUGAUUGUAAUGUUAGAUUUUUGUUUGCAUCCAAGUUGUUGAAACAUGAC